AAUGCAAAUCACAGAGAAGGAUCUAAACUUUCUCAAGUUCCCUACUCAUAAAGAGUAUCUCGAGAGCUUAGUAACAACGCUCGAUUUGCGUUACCUCGGACGUAAUGCUUUACGCGUGUAUCAAAACGGGUUUAGAUCUCUUGCCAAGACUGAUUUCGAACGUAGACGGAAUGAAAUCGAGAGCUUUCUGUGCUCUAAUCAGUACUCGAAUGUACUCUACAGUAGAGGAUUACAAAUAUCUGACAAUUUUUUGGGAGAACUAGCUGUUCGUGAGAGACCCAAUCGUCUCGGAUUACUUUCUACUAUAAUCUACAUGCGAUACGUUCUAAAACAUGAAGAAAUUUCCGGUUACAUUGAUUAUGAAGAAGCUCUACGCCGUACUAACAUAGGCAAGAACAGCUUGGAUUGGAAAGCAAUUUUCAGGGGUGAUCAAGUACUGUAUCCGACAAAGUUAGAUCUUUCGUUCUACAACUUUAAAACUGACGAGGUUUUCAACACACGUUCCGCAAAUUACCAUGUUUUAUACGAUCCUAUUCGAGGUGUCAUAUUCCGAAAUAUACACGAUCGCAAGGAUAUAUAUCCAAACCCAAUCGAGAACGAUGUCGGACCUAAUACAACUCGAAUGGAAAUAGAUAGUGAUAUCUAUGAACAGAUUAUGUUGUACGAUCAUGUUAUAAGAAAAAAUUAUUAAU